AUGGAUCCCAAGAGAGAGGCACCCAAGAAAAGCAGCACAGAGCAUUUCAUUGACCUCUUUCAUGAGGGCUUCAGCAGCUCCAGCUGCUCUUCCCUUUCUGAAUGGCAGCUCCUUGAUCCCCUGCGCCCUACAAAACACCCUCCUAAACUUGUAGUACUUGAAGAACUCGGCACUGCUCUCGCUCCAGACACUAAAAUAAAACAGUUAAUAUUUGGGGAUGAGAAGAGUUUGAACAAGGUCAUCAAAGAAUAUGAGCGUGCUGUUGUAUUUCGGCUGGGACGCAUACUGUCUAAGAAGGCAAAGGGACCAGGUUUGAUCCUGAUACUUCCCUGUACAGAUAUUUUUAUUAAGGUUGAUCUCAGAACUGUCACCUGUGAAAUUCCUCCACAAGAGAUUCUCACGAAAGAUGCUGUUACUACCCAAGUUGAUGGGGUGGUGUACUAUAGGAUCCACAGCGCUGUCAGUGCUGUCGCUAACGUCACUGAUGUCCACUCAGCCACCUUCCUCUUGGCACAGACAACCUUGAGAAAUGUCCUGGGUACAAAGAGCUUGGCUCAGCUCUUGGCAGGUCGUGAAGAGAUUGCACACAAUAUCCAGACUAUCCUUGACAGUGCCACGGACCACUGGGGGAUCAAAGUAGCCCGUGUGGAAAUCAAAGAUGUCAGGAUUCCAGUGGCAAUGCAGAGGGCGAUGGCAGCUGAAGCCGAGGCCGCACGAGAGGCAAGAGCUAAGGUUGUGGCAGCAGAAGGAGAGAUGAAUGCUUCCAAAGCCCUCAAGCAGGCCUCCAUGGUGCUGACCGAGUCUCCAGCAGGUUUGCAGCUGCGCUACCUGCAAACAUUAACUACGCUGGCAGCAGAAAACAAUUCCACCAUUGUCUUCCCUUUGCCUAUAAAUAUGCUUGAGGGCUUGGGGCAGAAAAAUAGAGGGGGAUAAACACUGUUU